AUGCUUCCAAAAGACUACAUCACGGUGCGGUUCCCGCAGACGCAAGACGACGAGAGCUACCAGCUGCUCGAGCUGCCGCCCGAGAUCCUCGCGCAGGUGGAGGGGGGGUCGGUGGUGCCCCUGACAAUCAAAGGCCGGCCAGCCGACGACAGCGUCCUCUGCACGCCGGACAAGACGUACACGCUGCGCAGCGUGACCAUCUCCAACUCGCUCGUCAUCCUCCGUGCUCCCGAAGAACGUACCCUGGCGAUCCGCGACAUCUGCCACGAGGUGCUCGAGUGCGUCCCGGCCGCGGGGCGCGUCGAGCGCGUCGGCGUCGUGCUGCGCGAGAGCGCGUGGCGGGGCUUGGGCGCCGAGGAAGCAGCCAACGGAAGUCGGAAACGCAAGCGCGACGCCGCGGGCAAGCGGUACACGCGCGCGCAGCUGGAAAGCAUCGUCCAGGCCAGCGACGCGGAGCUCGCUACCGCGCUGAGGGAACAAAACGUCGUCGAGGUCGACGGACACAUGUUGCUCUUGCCCCCCGCGCACCUCGCGCCCUUGCUGAGCAUCCUGCUGGGCAUCGCGACCGCACAUGGCGUGCUCUCCGACGAGCCGGUGGGCGUGAGCAUGCGCGCCGAGGCGGCGGUCGACGCGCUCGCGGAGCACGACGUCGCUGAGGGCUUGUCGCAGGCCGUGCUGCGCCUGUUUGGCGCUGUCGACGACGCGCACUGGACGUGUGAUGUGAGCGCGGCGGUGCGCGAGCUUGGUCGUGGGUUGCUGGUCGGCCUCGGGGACACGAAGCGGCCAGAAGACGAGUUCGUAGCCGAGUGGAAGACGGCCGCGGGGGAAGCGUUCGAGUCGGCCGUCGACAUACAGCUGCUAGCGGGCGACUAUUUGUUGUUCGACCCCCCGCCGAGCGCGUUCGCAGCCCCCGGCAAGCUGGUCUCGUACUUCCCCCGCUCGGCGCUGCCCGCCGACGCGGCCACGCGCUUCGCCGACCUGUUCCUCACGCGCACCGCGUGGCGGCCAGACGACAUGAUCCCGUUCUUGCGCGGCCUGUUCCCCGCAGGGGAUACCAAGGCGCGCGAUAAGAUUGUGGCCAAGUUUGUCAGGGCUGUCAAGGGGCGCGAUGGGACGUGGUGGCACCCUCGGCGGAGCGGCUAG